AGCCACUACAACACAAAACACACCUCAGUCGGUUUACUGUGGUAGUGAACCAGCCGGCGGUCAACACCAUUUUACAGUCAUCAUUUUUUAACGAAAUCAUCUGUUCUUCUUCCUAAUCGGAUACUCUUUUGAUCACACUAACUAUAUAACGGCAAAGAGCGUGUUUUGUAUUACAUUUGUGAAGAACUCUUUACACCUGCCUUUGUUAGCAAGUUAGCCUCGCGAGACUCUUCUGUCCAUCGCGAGCUCCCCAUUAUUUAUUCGUUCCGUGAUUUAUUUUUUAGUUCGUUUCAUUUUUUUUUUCAGUCAGACAGCGGUUGUAGCUAAACCUGUGCUAACAGAGCAGCUCUUUGUUCGUGGCUCGGAAAAGACCCACAUCAGCACCGCCUUGCAGUGAUGAUGAGGGUGAUGAUGGUGAUGAAGAGGAGACAGAGCUGAGUGUGUGUGGUUGUGUUGCAUUCACUUUGGGAGUGGAAAGGACCCCCCUCCCCCACACACACUGCAUCCAUGUUUUCCCCCGACCAGGAAAACAUCUCCACGUCCUCAACCAAAGUGCCAGUCAAAUAUGGAGAACUCAUUGUGCUCGGGUAUAAUGGCGCUCUACCCAACGGGGACCGUGGCAGAAGAAAGAGCCGGUUCGCACUCUUCAAGAGGCCCAAAUCCAAUGGUGUCAAACCCAGCACAGUACACGUAGCCUGCACCCCACAGGCAGCCAAGGCCAUAAGCAACAAGGAUCAGCACAGUAUUUCCUACACUCUGUCCCGAGCACAGACAGUUGUGGUGGAGUACACUCAAGACAGCAAUACAGACAUGUUUCAGAUUGGCCGCUCAACUGAGAGUCCAAUAGAUUUUGUGGUGACCGACACAGUUCCCGGAAGUCAAAGUAAUUCAGACACCCAGUCAGUUCAGAGCACCAUCUCUCGCUUUGCGUGCCGGAUCAUGUGCCAGCGAUCGCCCCCUUACACCGCCCGCAUCUACGCUGCUGGAUUCGACUCUUCCAAGAACAUCUUUCUAGGGGAGAAGGCAGCGAAGUGGAGGACAUUGGAUGGACAGAUGGAUGGUCUGACAACUAACGGUGUAUUAGUAAUGCAUCCUCGCCUUGGUUUUACGGAGGACUCAAAACCUGGUGUGUGGAGAGAGAUUUCGGUUUGUGGAAAUGUGUUCACCUUGAGAGAGACCCGCUCGGCCCUGCAGCGAGGGAAAAUGGUCGACAAUGAGACUCAAGAGUUAGUGGACGGCUCUCUGAUCGAUCUCUGUGGAGCAACACUCUUGUGGCGUACAGCUGAGGGCCUGUCCCACACUCCCACCGUCAAACACCUUGAGGCGCUCCGGCAGGAGCUGAACGCUGCUCGUCCCCAGUGCCCUGUGGGUUUCAACACCCUCGCCUUCCCCAGCAUGCGCAGGAAGGACAUCGUGGACGAGAAGCAGCCCUGGGUCUACCUGAACUGCGGCCACGUUCACGGCUAUCACAACUGGGGGAACCGCGAUGCAGAACGAGAUGGAAGAGAGGGGAGGGAACGUGAAUGUCCAAUGUGCCGUGCUCGUGGGCCGUACGUGCCGCUUUGGCUGGGCUGCGAGGCAGGCUUUUAUUUGGAUGCAGCCCCGCCCACUCAUGCAUUUAGUCCUUGUGGUCACGUUUGCUCUGAAAAAACAGCAGCGUAUUGGAGUCAAAUCCCCCUCCCCCACGGAACGCACACCUUUCAUGCCGCAUGUCCUUUCUGUGCCCAGCAGCUCAACGGUGAGCAGGGAUACAUCAGACUGAUCUUCCAGGGGCCGGUGGACUAAACACACCUUCCUAUGACCUUUUACCCAAGUUGCCCCAUAGCCUGCACUGCUAAUGACAAAGAUAUGCAAGGCUUGCUCUCUAACUCUCUCUUUCUCUACUGUUGCUUUUCUUUUAUAAGCGCUGACUCAAGACUGUUUUUUUUUUUCUCCUCUGGUUUGUAAGUGACCUUUUAUACUGCUUUUUCGAAUACCGAAAAGACAAAGAAAUAUAUAUUUUCAAAUAAAAAUAAAAGCAAAAAAUAAAACCGAAUAGACCUAUUCAAAACAGCAGAGCACAUGCACACCCAUUUUUGAGAGUUCUGAUUGGGUGGCUCUGUUCUUCAUUUCAAGUGGUGGGCGACGUGACCGUCACAGUUGAUGAUGUGUAGUGUUUAUUUGCAGUAAUACUCAGCAUUAGAGAUGCAGUACACCAUCCUUGUGUGUUUAUAACGAGCUAACAAAAGAUUCUAUUUACUUAUUACUCAUCAUUCAUUCAAUAAUUCACAGCAUUUCACAAAGCAAAUACAUUAUACUGCAUAAAGUUGUUUUCCAUAGUCUGAUAUGUCUAACUUAAAAAUAAAUACUUGUUAAUGUUUUUUUUAUUUAUAUACAAUAUCCAUUUUUAUCAAAGAUAAAAUUAUAGUUGUGUUUUUGGGAAGUUCUAUGUAGCUGGGUUUUUGUAUGUCUGUUUAUCAUCUAUCUAUCUAUCUCUCUCAUCUUUUCCACCUUCCACAUGUAGCUUUGGCUAGCUUUCAGAUUUUUGCUCUUCUGUAGUUUGUCCACAUUUAUAAAGGUAACAAGAUUUAUGUAAGUGUGGAAUCUUUUUUGCAAUAGUGAACCCGUUAAGUCAUGCUCAUAGAAAAUUCUGGCUGAGCUCCAGAAAACUCCAGAGGCCUAAAAGUCUUCACCUCCCUUUAAGCACAGGCCAAAACCACAUGCACUGUCAGUGAAUGUUUGUGUAUGUUGUAUGUGCGUAAGGUCUUGUCUUAAAGGAACAGUUUACCCAAAAGUAAAAAUUCUCUCAUCAUUCACUCAUCCUCAUGCCAUCCCAAAAUUGUGUAACUUACUUUCUUCUGCAGAACACAAAGUUUUUUAGAAACAUUUCUCCGCUCUGUAGGUCCAAACAAUGUGACCAAAUACACCAAAAAGCACAUAAAGGCAGCAUAACAGUAAUCCAUACGACUCCAGUGGUUUAAUCCAUCUCUUCUUAAGCGAUAAAAUCUGUUUUGGGUGAGCACAGACCCAAAUGUAACUCCUCUUUAACUUUAAAUCUUGACAUAAGCAGUCUCCUUGUCAAUCAGGAUUUCAAACCUGAAUUAUUCUUCCUAGCGCUCUGCGCAUGCAUCAAGCACUAAGAAGUGUAAUCUAUCUUGAAAUCAUGAUCGUGCAUAGAGACUACAAUGUCAAGAUGUACAGUGAAAAAGGUGUUACAUUUUUGUCUGCUCUCAUCUAAACCAAUUUGAUAACUUAAGAAGACAUGGAUUAAAUCACUGGAGAUUAAUUUUAUGCUGCCUUGAUGUGCUUUUUGGAACUUCAAAUUUCAGGCCACCAGUCACUUGCAUUGUUUGGACCUACAGAGCUGAGAUAUUCUUCUAAAAACCUUUUUUGUGUUCUGCAGAAGAAAGUAAGUCAUACACAUCUGUGAUGGCAUGAGGGUGAGUAAAGGAAUAGUGGGAACUCCGUUCAAAGUUUGUUCUUUUUGCAGGAGCAGCACUUGACUGCUCUCAUCCCUUUUGCCUAGUUCACUUUUGCCAUUCAGUGCUUUGAACGAGUUUUGAUUCACUUUGUACCCAACAUCUACUGGGAGCAUGGUUCCAGUAGAACAAAGGGUAAUCUCUCCUCUUUCAAAUUAAAAUAGAUUAAAGGUGGAUAUUAUUUUUAAGAAUUGGAUUAAGGAUUUAAGAAGUGGAUAUUAUUUUUGAGUUUUUUUUCUGCUUGUACACUGUAUGGAGAUCAUUGAUCCUGUUGCAAGCAACUUCAGUUCCCCUUGAAUUGACCUCCGUGUAAGAGUAUGCUAAUAUAUUUGUAUUUGUAAAUGUAUGUAAUGUUUAAUUAUGUAUUGUGCAUACAGUUGUAUGUACAGUACUGUGGGAAUGUGUAAAAUGUACUAUACUAUUUCUUGUGACGUGUAAGAACCUGGAGAGCUUAUAUUGAGUCCAAUAGGUUGAAAAUUUCAGAACUCUUUCAAUUGGAUUCUGGAUUUCUCUCUUGUUGUGGAGUCCAGUUUGAAUUUCCAGAGAUUCAGUUCUUGCUGUUCUGAAGAGCACUUAUACAGCAUACUGGUGCACUGUUCACCUCAGGGACUUUCCUCUAUCCUGACCACCUGGGCACAUGUUCAUUAAAUAUUCCAGACCAGAUGGCUGAUCUUGGAUCUGUAUGUGGGAGAUCCUAAAGGGAUAGUUUACUAAAAAAAAAAUGACAAUUCUAUUGUGAUUUACUCUGUCAUUCCAAACCUGUAUGACUUAAUUCUUCUCUGGAACACAAAAGGAGAAAAUCUGAAGUCUGUUCGCUCUCAUGUAGGAAUGGGGACUGAAGAUUUUAAGAUUCAAAGGACACCACUCGAGUGCUAUUAUUCAGGGAUGCAAACUACUCACCUUUCAGUCACCUUUUCUGAAGCUUAUAUGUCCAAAUUGUUUGGUUACAUUUUCACAUUUCUUUCUUAUUAGAAUCACUUGAAAGGGUUACUUUAAGCUAACACGAAAAGCUUUAAAUACAGCAAACAAAUCAACUGAAAAUAUACAUCUGGGACACCUGCUAAGACUUUCUCAUCUUUUUCAACUUGAGUUUGUAUCCCUGCUAUUUCUGAGGUCUUCUGAAGCCAAAUGAUAGCAAAUUCACUAUCAUAUAAUCUAAGCCAUUAUACACUGAGUAAAUAACGACAGACUUUUCAUAUUUGGUUGAGCUGUUCUUUUCACCACAUCAUGCCAAAAGCAAAUCUGAAACUUGAUCACACCACAGACAUAUUUGUCAUUGUGUUCCUCUUUUUCAAAUGGCAAAUUUUCCUCCAUCUCAUCCCAUGUGAGCCUUUUUCCCAGUAAACGCUAGAUUUUAGUGAUACAUUUAAAGGGCAAUGCACGUUUGUCUGCAGAGACAUCGUGUGUAAAGGGCUUUCAUUUUCUGUUGAUUUGUCCUGUUUUUAUUUGUUUAACCAGUCUGCAUGAUCCUAGUCUUAAGCAUGUGUGUGUUUGUGUGAGAGAGAGUGUGUCCUUGUGUUCUGAAAAAAAUAAAGAAUGCUUAAAAGGCAAAUGAUGAGAGUGUUUCUGAUCUACAAUUUUUUUGUACCAAAUUAAAAUAAAGUACUGAUGAAGAAAAACAAAUUAAAGGUUUCAUAGAU